AACCCACAUUAAACAUAAUGUCCUCUUCAUGUGAACACCCUAUCGCCAUGACCACAACAUGACUCCAUCCCUCUCCAUACAAAACAAACUUUCUCUCUCCUCUCCCUUCAAUCAUUUUCUCUCUCUCUCAUAAAGUACCAGAAAAUAUCACUGAUUGUUUGGGACCAAUUACCGAAUUACGUACAAUGGCCGAUAAUCGGGUGAGGUUCAAGAGGGUAGCGGAAGCGUUCGACGGCGUGGCGCGGGCCCGGCUGUGCGAGAGCAGCGGCAGCGAGCACUCGCCGGAGAACUACUCGUUGGAUCUCUCCGACAUCGUCGAGUUGUUUUUCGAGAGAGAAGGUCGAGAGGAGGGAGAGAACGGUGAUGACAAUGGUACUGAGGUUGAUUCGCUGGAAAACGAGACGAAGCGAGGCGAAUGCGAUGAUCAGGAGGAAAACGAUCGGUCGGAGUCGGAGUCGAAGGAAUUGUUACGUGGUUUAUUAUUUGGAGGUGGUGAUCAAGGUGAUGAUGAUCAAGUGAAGGAGAGCGUUCGGGCUGAGGUCGAACGAGCGAGUCGGGUUGUUGGGGAUGGUCCCGAGCGGCCGGGGUUCAAAAGGCGGGUGAUGACUCGGUUACGUGAGAGAGGUUUCGACGCCGGUCUCUGCAAAUCAAAGUGGGAGCGUAACGGCCGGGUCCCAUCCGGGUCGUACGAAUACAUCGACGUGAACGUCGUGGGCAGAACCCGGUACAUAAUCGAGCUUUCCCUACCCGGAGAAUUCACAAUAGCUAGACCAACGCCAAAAUAUACUUCACUGCUACAAAACUUCCCUCCAAUAUUUGUGGGAAAAGUAGAAGACCUCAAGCAAAUAGUGAGACUCAUGUCCAAUGAGAUCAAAGGAUCAUUGAAAAGUGUGGACAUGCACGUGCCCCCGUGGAGGCGCCACGUGUACUUGCAGGCCAAAUGGUUUGGGUCGUACAGGCGGACCACCAACGAGGCGGUGGAGAAAACGGGCUCGGGUUCGGAUGCGGGGUCCGGGAAGAAGAGGUGGGUCGGGUUCGCACCAUUGCCCGGGGUUUCUUAUUGCUGCAGGGAAGGUUUUGGUGGGACGGGUGGUGUAAAAAUGGGGAAAUUGGCUAUGGAGCUCAUUGGCAAUGAUGUGUUACUGUAAAUAGUAUAGUUAGAUUAGAUGGUUUCAAUUUCUUGUUUUGGUUUUUUGUUUUGGAAUGAGAUUGGUGGGGAACCCAGAGAAGAAGGUGUGCUGCUGUGUUUUGGAUUUUGUCUGAGAUCAAAUAUAUAUAUAUGAAGUUUUCUCUA